GCUGCUCCGGUCCCUCGGCCCCGCCGCCCCCGGCUGCUCUCGUCCCGCAGGCUGGCGCCGCUCGGCCCCUGCGCUCCGCUCCCCCAGGAUGCAUCAGCAGGACAUUGCCAAGGUCUGGCAGGAUUGACCCACAGCAGCACUGCACCAGAGGCUUCGAGUGUGGGAGCAGAACCCAGAGGAGCGGAGAGUGCCGAGCCUGGGCUGAGCACACCAUGGGAGCAAACAGCUCCAGCAAGCCACCACCCUUUGAUGGGAAUGAGGACGUGACCUUCGACCAUUUUGAGAUUUUGCGAGCUAUUGGGAAGGGCAGCUUUGGAAAAGUGUGCGUGGUGCAGAAGACUGACACCAAGAAAAUGUACGCCAUGAAAUACAUGAACAAACAGAAGUGUGUGGAGCGUAAUGAAGUGAGAAAUGUUUUCAAGGAGCUGCAGAUUAUGCAGGGCCUGGAACACCCUUUCUUGGUUAAUUUAUGGUACUCAUUCCAGGAUGAAGAGGACAUGUUCAUGGUGGUCGACCUGCUGCUUGGAGGGGACCUGCGCUACCAUCUCCAACAAAAUGUGCGGUUCCAAGAGGGAACUGUGAAACUCUUCAUCUGUGAGCUGGUGCUGGCCCUUGACUACUUGCAGAGCAGGCACAUCAUCCACAGAGAUAUCAAGCCUGACAAUAUUUUACUGGAUGAGCACGGACACGUGCACAUCACCGAUUUCAAUAUCGCCACGACGCUGACGAAGGACAGCCCUGUCACCACCAUCGCUGGCACAAAGCCCUACAUGGCACCUGAAAUGUUUAGCUCCACAACACCCACCAGCUACUCCUUUGCCGUGGACUGGUGGUCACUGGGAAUCACUGCCUACGAGCUGCUCAGAACCCGGAGGCCAUAUCACAUUCGGUCCAACACUUCCACAAACGAGAUCGCUCACGUGUUGAAGACAGCCACGGUGAUGUACCCGGCCGCGUGGUCCCCGGACAUGGUGGCACUGAUCAGGAAGUUGCUCGAGCUGAACCCUGAGAAACGUUUUUCUCAGCUGAAGGACAUCCAGUCCUUCCCCUACCUGUCUAAUGUGAACUGGGAUGCUGUUCUCCAGAAAAGGAUAAUGCCAGAAUUCAUUCCCAUGAAAGGCAGACUGAACUGUGACCCAACCUUUGAACUGGAAGAAAUGAUCCUGGAAUCCAAACCUCUUCACAAAAAGAAAAAGCGCUUGGCUAAGAAGGAGAAAAACACGAGCAAAAGCAAUUCAUCCCAGGCCAGCCACCUCCAGAAGCACCUGGAAAUGCUCCAGAGGGACUUCAUUGUUUUCAACAGAGAAAAGGUAAGGCCCCACCAAGACAGCAUCCAAGAGACCAUGACAGAAAGUGGAGGCCCACACAGGGAGGACAAUCAAAACAACAACCUCUGAGAACACCUCAGCCCCUGCAGAGGACCUCCUCAUGGGGCUCACCCACCCAUGCACCUUCGCAAUGUCGGGCCAUGGACUUGUCCUCUGCUGCUGGGACCCUGCCAGUGACCCAGGGCACAGAGGAGAGCAGGGACACCCACUCCCUCAGCUUUCCACCCCACAGCCAGAGGGUUGUGAGCGUGGGGACAGAGGUUGCCUUGCAAUCGGCCACUGUUGGUUAGACUCAGAUCCUAUUAUGUUGCCUCUCCCGGGGGCAGGAAUGGGAUGAGACAACAGGUAAGAGAGUCUGCACCAUUUUGGCUUGGCUGGCAGGUGCCACAGCCCUUGGUGUCACCGUGCAGGCAACUGCUCAGUGUGCCGAGAGGCUGAGCUGCCUUGUGCCGAGAGGUGCCCACAGCCAUACCACACCUCAGGGCUUUGCAGAGGUCGGCAUUCCCACAUGGAUGGGCUCACGGCUGGCUGUUCCAGGGGGAAGAGGUGGCUCCCAAAUGCAGGGUCUUCACCAGUGCAUUGUGACAAAAGUGGCCUGUGCUUACAGACAGCUCCUGCAAACAUCCUGUGAGGGUGGGCACAGGAGGCUGGAGAUGAGCUCCUUCCUUUGCUGGGACAGGCAGCAAAAGUUUUCUGCCCAUUUAACACAUUCUCCAUGUACCCAGCAGGGUGGUCAGUGUGCAGUGAUA